AUGGCUUUCAAGCGUUACGUUCAGGUCGGAAGAGUGGUCCUCAUCAACCAGGGUCCCAACGAGGGCAAGUUGGCUGUCAUCGUUGAGAUCAUCGACCACAACAAAGCCCUCAUCGAUGGCCCCUGCACCGGUGUGGACAGGCAACCCUUGGCAUACCGUAACAUCUCUUUGACUCCCUACGUCAUCAAGGCCGUCGCGCGAGGAAUGGGAUCCGGAGCAAUCGCCAAGAAGUGGCAAGCUUCGGGCGUCGAUGAGAAAUUCGCUCAGAGCGCUUGGGCAAAGAAGAGAGCCGCUCGUCAAGCCAAGGCCGACACCUCGGACUUUGACAGAUUCCAGAUCAUGCUCCUCAAGAAGCAGAGACGCUCUCUCGUCUCUCGUCAGGCUGCAAAGAUCAAGGCCUGA